GAGAGCAAAUACUUCGAGUACAAUGGCGUGCGGCUCCCCCCCUUCUGCCGGGGCAAGAUGGAGGAGAUCGCCAAUUUCCCGGUGAGGGACAGUGAUGUCUGGAUUGUCACCUAUCCCAAAUCAGGCUUGUUACAGGAAGUGGUAUAUCUGGUGAGUCAAGGAGCUGACCCAGAUGAGAUUGGAUUAAUGAAUAUAGAUGAACAACUUCCCGUCCUAGAGUAUCCUCAGCCUGGUCUGGACAUCAUCAAGGAGCUCACAUCUCCUCGCCUCAUAAAAAGCCACUUACCCUAUCGAUUUUUGCCUUCAGACCUCCAUAAUGGCGAUUCUAAGGUAAUAUACAUGGCUCGCAACCCCAAAGACCUGGUAGUAUCCUAUUACCAGUUUCACCGCUCCUUAAGAACCAUGAGCUACAGAGGAACAUUUCAAGAAUUUUGUCGAAGGUUUAUGAAUGACAAGUUGGGAUAUGGUUCAUGGUUUGAUCAUGUGCAGGAAUUCUGGGAACAUCAUAUGGACUCCAAUGUUCUUUUCCUCAAGUAUGAAGAUAUGCACAAGGACCUUGCAACAAUGGUUGAGCAGCUGGUGAGAUUCUUGGGAGUUUCUUAUGACAAAGCACAGCUGGAAUCCAUGGUGGAACAUUGCCACCAACUCAUUGAUCAGUGCUGUAAUGCAGAAGCCCUUCCUGUCGGCAGAGGACGAGUCGGGCUAUGGAAAGACAUCUUCACUGUGUCAAUGAAUGAGAAAUUUGAUUUAGUGUAUAAGCAGAAGAUGGGGAAGUGUGACCUCACAUUUGACUUUUAUUUAUAAAAAAAAUGCAUGAAUACAAUAUCCAAAUACUAGCUAGAAGUGCUUUAUGCAUUCAUUUAUUACCUGCUGGACAAAAUAUUGCAGCUAUUAUGUGUAACACAACUUAAAAACAAACAAAAUAUAAGUAAACCAUAGGAAACACUAUUGUUCUUGAUCCUAAACAGCUGUUUAUCCUUCAGCAUUUUAAUCCUAGGUCAACAUGCAAGAAUUGACUAGACAAUACAAGAAUAUUCAGCUGUUAUGUAAUGUAUUAUAUAAGUAUAAGGUAUGUAUCAUAUAUGCAACUAGAAUGUACACUUUUUCAGCCCCACAUUGAUUUAAUGUAUUUUAUAGAUGCUUUUCACUAGAAACCUAAAUACCAUUCAAUAGAUCAAAUAAAAAUGUAUGUCCGAAGGAAAUCAGUAACAGGCAAAACUGUAUGCUAGAAUGAUCUCAGGGGUUAGCUGUCACAUUUAUUUUUAUAGUUGGAAUGUCAAGGACAAAACAAUCCUCUCUCAAAUUAACAAUGGAUAACUAUGGGGGUUAUCACUUUCAUUAUUUGUAUGAUUUCUGAGUGAAUACAAUUUGCUGGAAUGCUUUGCAAGACAAGCUCUGUUAUGAAAUCUUACUCAUUGUCACUCCACACACACACAUGCUCUUAUGUCUGAUAAGAGGUGAUUGUGUUAAUAGUGAAUGAAAUUCAUCUCUGUGAAGAGGGCUGGCCUUCACAAGGGACUGUUCACCACUAAGGGUACGUCUACACUUGCUCCCUAGUCUGAACUAGGGAUGCAAAUGCAAAUGCAGCCCUAAUUCAAACUAGGGAGCAAGUGUAGACGUACCCUAAGUCUCACUCAAGCCCUCACCAUAGGGUUUAAGGCUACGUCCAUACUGCAGCGCUAUUUCGGAUAUUGGAGGUAUCCCAAAAUAGCCAUUCCGCAUCUUUUGAGUGCUCCUGUUAUUUUGAAAUAUAAUGGGCUCACUAUUCCAACGUCCCUGUAAACCUCCUUCCUCAAGGAGUAAGGGACAUUUUUGUAAUAAGUGCUGGUCUUCUGCACAGAUAUGAGUUUCACCCACUGAAGAAUGAUCCUCUUAGGCAGGGGUGGGCAAUAAUUUUUUGCCGGGUGCCACUUUGGAAAUAUUUGAAGUGGCCCCCAGCCAUAGAGGAAGGGGCAGGGCAUCAAGUGGAAGGGGAGGGGGCCAAGGAGAGGGGUAUUUCUGGGUUCGCCACCCCAGACAAUAAUUGGUCUGGGGGUGAGGGAGUGCCUUUGCCCCCAGCCCAUGUUCCCCUGAGGUGUCCAUGUCCCUGGUGUGGGAGGAGACUUCCCUCGCUCCUCUGCCCCUAGGCUGCUUAGGGCUGGGGGUGGCAGAGCACACAAAACCUCCUCUGCUCUUCCCCCCGACCUGCGAGUGGCACCCAGUGCUUCAAAGCGCAACUGCUCCUGGCAGGGCGGGAGGAGGCUUUGCGCACAGACCAAUUAGGGCCUGGGGGUGGGGGAGCGUGUGAAGCCUUCUCCGCUCUGCCCCCUCCUUGCGAGCAGUGCGCAAUGCUUCAAAGCGCCGCGUGCUCCUGGCAGAGCGGGAGGAGGCUUCGCGCGCUACCCUGCCCCUAGGCCCUAAUUGGCCUGGAGGCGGGGAAGCAGCAGGGCCUCUGUGGGCUGGAUCCUCCUGCUCAGCGGGCCGGCCCCGGCCCACAGAGUCCCUUCUGCCCACCCCUGUUCUUAGGUAACGAGGGCUUUCUGCUGGAUUCUGAGCACCCUCAAGUGUUACUGAGACCAUAGGAGUUGAGGGAACUUAGUAUUUUUAGGACAUUUAGACGCACUUUGACAUAAAUUGAAGAUGGAGAUACAAGCUGGUACAAAUACAUGAAUGAAAUAUCAGAUCUUGAAGAAGAGACUUUAAGGAUACUCCAGCAGAUGGGAGUAUCACACAACUGAUAGUAUUUAUGCACUAUACAGUCACUGUAAUUGACUGUCAGCCACUAAUAAUCUGAAUUAUAAUUAUAAUCCGAAUUUGAGUUCACUUUGAAUUAUAAUCAGAAUUUGAGUUUACUUUUUUAAGUCUUUUUAUUUUCUUAACUUGCCUCUGGGCAUUUACAUAUAUAACCUAGCCCAGGCUAUCAUAAUAAUGAGAUCUUACCGAAUUGUUGUACCUUUGAUCCUUUAGUUAAUUACACCUGUAUUUUUAGUUUCUCAGCUGCUGGAGGCCCAUUUUGCUGGCCCUAUAUUACAUCUCACCAAAUGCUGUGAGGAAGGACUAGCAGAUUUUAACAUUUUGCUUCUGUUGGAAAAUAACCUGUCAGUACAGCAGUUGGCAAGUGGUGUGGCAUGAUGUGGCUUGACAGACCUUUCCUGGUAUAUUUGUGAGUGAAACUGCUUUCAGUGAAAUUUUAUUUAUUUUUAUAUCUUAGUACUGUAUGACUAUUAAGCACUACACACUAUACUUCUGUGCUUGCUUGCCUAUUUAAUAAAGACAUGAU